AUGGGACUCAAACCUGAAUUCAAAUGCAAGGAGUCUCGCGAGUAUAUCACAAAGUUGUUGGAUUACCUAGGCGAAGCCAAAGAGGCAAAUUCUGGGGAUCCGCUUUACACGGAUGAGAAAGUUGGGCUGGAGUAUAUUGAGCGGCAAGCCUUGGACCACUUUACUGUGGCUUUCAGAAAGGAUGAGGCUGGUGACUUUGGACCCGCUACCGUGAGCAGUUUCCUUAUCGCUGCUGCCUUGCUUGAAGUUCUUACCUUAAAUGGAGAGACUAAUGCUGAGUUAACAAACGCCAGAAAAUACGCAAAAUACAAAAUCCUUUAUCUGAUUGACUGCAAAAAACGCAACGUAAAACCAGUUGCAGGGCCUCUCACGGAUGGCGACGCUUCUGUGAUCCCUAAUAUCGCGGGGUUACACCAAGACCCAUUACCGUCCUCUUCACGGAAAUCCCAACAAGAUUCCGAGCUAGCAGAACCCACUGGACACGAAUCUAAAUCAAACGGGGAGAACAAGUCUGAGGAACUGUCCUCCGACGUCUGUGAGAAAGCCAUGAAAGCCGCUAAGUUUGCUAUUAGCAGUUUGCAGUACAAAGACCGGGACUCAGCUAUUAAUUACUUGAAGGAGGCACUAAAUCUCCUCUCCAUACACUAA